AUGUCGCAACGGGAGUACCACAUAGUCGUUCUCGGAUCCGGGCCGUCAUGUGAUGCUGGAGAUUCUGGAUACCGCCGGAACAGAGCAAUUCAGGAAUUAUAUAUGAAAACCGGCCAAGGAUUCCUCCUCGUUUUCAGCAUAACAUCGCAAUCUUCCUUCUAUGAGCUCGCCGAGCUCCGCGAGCAAAUACGGCGAAUAAAAGAAGACGACAACGUCCCCAUGGUGCUCAUCGGCAACAAGUCCGACCUCGAAGAAGACCGCGCCAUACCGCGCCCCCGCGCCUUUGCCAUAUCCCGCGAAUGGAACAUCCCCUACUUCGAAACCAGCGCGCGACGAAGAGCCAAUGUGGACGAAGCCUUCGUCGACCUCUGCAGACAAAUCAUCAUGAAAGACCAAGCCAACCGCCGCUACGUCCAGCACGAAUCCCCAGCGUCAAGAGCAGGUCGACCCCGGAAAUCCGCGCGCAAGUCGAAAAACCGCCCAAAGUGUACGAUUCUUUGA